AUGCCAAGCAAGAGCGACAGAGAGGGUGAGGUGCGGUGUACCGAGGUGGGUGUUAAUGGUGGUCGCGUUGACGCUGACCGUGGUGGUGGUGGUGGUGGUGGUGGUGAAGGUAGUGGUGGUGAUGGUGGUGGUCAGGUUAUGCCAGGUCUUCCACUGCACUGGUACGACGAGCCGCCCUACGAGAGCGACCCUGAGGACUUCCUCUUCGGCUCCAGCGACUGCCACAGCGGCGAGGACGAGAGCAGCCGCAGUUUACGGGACAGUCUGCGCGAGGAGGACGUAAUAUCGCUGCGCACCGCAGGCGACAUUUGCCUGCCACGCACUGCGCCCGAGUGCGUGCCUCUGCUGGACGGCUCUGCUGCGUACCUCGCCAGAGAUGGUCCUCCUAUCUCCUACUACCAGCAGACGCCCUGUCACUUCAAGGUCUACGACGGCCGAGCGCUCGACCACGCCUACCGACAGCACCAAGAGUGCGAGACAUACAGAGAACAUUGGUCUGGUAACGGCUCAUUGCGGGAUCCGAGGACCAAAAGUAAGGCGGAUAAGCGAGACAAGGAUAAAUUCCAUAAGAUUGACAAGGAGAAUGAUAAAUAUUACUGCAAAAACACUUCUAAGAAAAGCAAUAACAAACAUCGCUCCGUACGAGGGCUCAGUAGUCGAAGCAGCCGUCCUGCUGGAAGUCCGCCUGGGAGUGUCUGCAGCAGCGCACCAGUGCAGCUGCUGUCACAGCUCAGCCAGCAGCCGGUCUAUGACAACAUCAGUGGAGUGUGUAUCUCCAGACCUUCCAUGCCCAUCCACACGUCCUCGAGAGGCGGAACUGUUCUCACCAGCUCUUCUUGCAACGCCGCUGCCAACCUACACCAGUAUGUCAACGGCACCAACUGGUCGAGUCAUGGCCAACCUGUCCUGCCUCAUUACCGACCAUUCCCUCCGACACAGCAGCAAGCGCUGCAUUAUCAGUCCCAAUAUUAUUGUCCAACGCAAAGUGGAAGUAGCAAUAAUCGCUCGGUUAUGAACGGUACCACUUAUAGUACUGGUGACCAGCAAGUACCUGCCGCCCCUUCCCGCCACAACCUUCAGCUGAGAGGUCUCUCCUCGUCUCAGUCUCACUACCUGCACAUGCAGGGGCAGCACGCGCCCUCUGAUCCUGCCAUGGUGGCAUCCACUUCUCCCGACUAUGAGCUUCGUUGGGACCUGCAUAACGUGACCGCCGCGUCAGGACCUACACGGCUCUCUUCGGCGUCUGUCGAGAACCAUCGGUCUGACCCGAGCGGGCUGUGUCUCUCGAACCUCAUGAGCCGCGGGAGCAUCAGCGGAGGUAGCGAUGAUGGCCACUCUGCAGCGCCUUCGUCAGAUUGCGAAGAUGGAGAGAAGUCGGAUUCGGCGUCCCUGAUCAACAGAUUUCGAGGCCUACACAAGGACAUGUUACACAAAAUAGCAAAAGUGAAAAGUCCUCGUGGAGCGCCGUCCACAGGUGAUGAUUUGCAAGUGGACGGCAGAGUUGCGGACGGCCGUUGUCAUGCUCCGUGUUCCUCGGACGCGGACGGUGUCACUCUACGAAAGCGUGCGAACAGUGAGAGUGGACCUCAGUCGCCCCCCUCCCCGGCGCCCUACACCGGCCCCUUCAUUGGGCGCGCCGUGGCGCUCACAGACUUCCAGCCCUCGCCUUACGACGUCGACCUCCUCAAACUUAACAAAGGUGACGUGAUCGACAUAAUAUCGAAGAGUCCAUCGGGUCAGUGGAGAGGCUGCGUGGACGGUCGAGUAGGAAACUUCAAGUUCAUUUUCGUGGAGGAGGAGACUGAGCGCGACAGGCUGCACCGCAAGCUGCGAGGGCAGCGAAGCUCCCCUCUUGAGCAGUUCCCUCAUGCGUCCCUCGAGGCUCUCCUACGGCACUACAAACUCGGGCAUCUCCUACAAUUAUUUAUCCUGCAUGGUUACGAGACUCUUGACCAACUACGUGAGUUGGAGGAACAAGAUUUGGACAGUCUGGGCAUCCGAGACACGGACACUCGAGCUACGCUGCUCGCUGCCGUCACCUCCAUCCUAGAGUAUGAGCAAACUAGCAUCGUGUGUCACGUCUCUGAAGCCAGCGUCACCAAUAACACAUCAUCGUCGUCUAGAGAUUCCGGCUUCAUGGAUCAUAAAACAUUGAAUGCUGGCUUGAUACCUGAAGUGGAAUACGGCAACGCAGACGGCCGACAGUCUUCUCCAUCUACUGAUAAUUCUUCUGGGUACCAAAGUAGAGGCAACUACAACAUCGCUCAUCCGGGAGAUGUUUCAAGCACUCUUCAGGAGGUUCCUGACACGACCUUAGAUUCCACUUCUUCCACCGAAGAAGACCUUACCUCUAAAGAAUUUAAAAAGAAUAAUAUCGCUAGGGCGCCCUCUGACCUGGACACCAGAGAACCCGACUCGUACAGAGCGACGCCGGUCCUUGUGCGGCCCGGCACCCCGGAUUCGUCCCCGCGGCUGCGGAAGAAAGUUACGGAUGACCGCGACGGUGAUGCGUCGGCGCGCUGCAGCAGCGACACUGGCGUGUCCCUGCAUUCAGAUGCGGGACAGUAGCAAUAAGCGCGCAGCUCAGUCCUUUUAUGAUCUUUAUUACUAUUUCGAAUUAUUACUAUAGCAAUUAUAAGAAGUAAAUAUUUUAUUCGUAUCUGCAAUACUUCGUACAACACGCUUAGUCAUCAGGUCAUUUCCUAUUAAUGCAGUCUAUGAUAGAGGGUAAGAAUAAAUUAAAAUUUUGGAAAGGAGGUAUAGGAACGAAUGAAUUUAUAACUUAGAGUUUAACCAAGAAUUUUUAUUUUAUUAGAGGAAUUGUUCUCAGCAUGGACAAAACUCAAAACUAGUGUAGUUAUAAUCUAAGCGUGACUGUAAAUAAAUAUAUUCAAGAUAAAAGAUGAACUGGUGCAAUGCUCCGAACAGUCACAUCGGUGCGUGUUACUGAUGUGUCGUCUCAAGAGAAACAAUCCGGUUUUUAAUAACUUACAGACCCAACCGGUUGCUGCUGUAGCCUGAAUGGCGUAAUUUGUUAUUUCGUGUAGAUGAUAACCAAUUUGUGGCAUUUUAUCUCAGCUGAACAACGAUCAAGUUUUGAGUGAUAGUCAAGUUCUCGUAAAUGUUGGAGCCAAACUCGAGUCAACGUUCCUCAGUCACGUAGUCUUCCUAUCUAUUAAGAAUAUUACGAAACGUUCAUCAUGUUAGAUUAUUACAAAUAUGUCAAAGACAGAUCACUCAACUUGAUGUACUCUGUACUCGUGCAUGUUCUUCGUUCUCAACCGAUGUAGGAUCUUAUUGAGAAUUGGAGUUCGGAAAGUUUGCCUGGUAUGCCCGUCUUAGAUUCCGAGAUGAUCUGGCAGUACGGUACUCGUGAAGCUCCUUCUAAUCUGCCUGAAAAUAUUUCAAUAAUUUGGCCCUAGAACCUCUCAUAGAAUCUUUCAAACUGCUUUAACUUGUUAAAUUAUGGCUGCAAUCGUAUCGAUGCGGAAGCAGUUUUAUUAAAGAUUAGAAACUAGUUUGUAAGUUAACUUUGUGUAGGUCGUGAUUUCUCGCUCCUUCUAUGCAAAAUAAAAAUAGAUUUCGUGAGUUCGGGCUUGUGCUGCUCGACAUUCUGGAUGCCAAAUCUAAGCUAUGCAUUGCUCAAGUGCCGAUGAAGAUUGCAUGUUGUAUUCCUCCUCAUAUUCGCAAAUGCGAUUUUUCACACUAAAAUAGAAUAAUUAUAUGAACACGUGACGUAAAACAAUGGCAAAAUUAAACUACAAAAAAACGUUCCAUAGUUUCACUUUGCGAGAACCACACACUUGACUCGCAGCAAAGUCGAGCACGAAAUGAUCGUGCAUUACAUAAGCCUAGGGCUCAGACGCAUACAAAAAUGUGUCUUCAUUUUUGUCCCAUAUUGCCGAACCAAAACAGACACGCACUAAAUGAUGUUUAAACUAUGAAAUGAUGUUUAAACUAUGUGAUGUAAUCCGUGAACCUAAGAACACAGGUUAAAACUCGACACAAUCAGCAGAGGUGACAUUCAUGUUACCGACAGACACGGAAACAUGUGGUCUGCCCGCCCAUUUGCGUUUGCCGAUACCUCGAAUAGACUUUUUCGCCUGCAAUCAAUAAUUCUUACGCAAGACAAUUAUGAAUGAUAUUCUCUCAUUUCUAGCAUAGUUCUUGUUCUUUCUUGUAAAUAAACGGAAUAAAUAA